AUGGUACAUUCUUCGCUAUCGACUUUGGACACUAUAGAAUUGCGACCACACCCCACUGCUCGCGAUCAGGCACUGGCAAAGGCCGAGAUCCCAACUGGCUCGACGAUUCUCAAAAUACCAGCCUUCGCCACCGUUCUACAAUUCUCGCAAAAGGGGAAUCGUUGCGACCAUUGCAUGCGGCUACCAACCGAGGGACAGCCUCUGAGGAGGUGUACGGGCUGCAGUGCAUAUUGGUACUGCGAUGCACAAUGUCAAAGUGCCCAGUGGCAGACACAUCACAAGCGGAUCUGUAAACGAAUUAACCAAUUCACCAGCUCUACCGUCUUCCAAGGACUGGAGGAACACGAGAAAAUGGACGCUUUGCUGUUGAACCACCUUGUCGCGUCUUUGUCCACGCUUCCGACGGCGUACAACCUCGAGCAAUCGCAAGAAGCGACAUUGUUCUUGUCCCUUCUUCCAGGGCCUUCUUCCGGCAGCGAACCACCUCUGAUAUGCACGAUUAGCCCGCCUCCAAAGGCAGACCUAAUCCCGACUCUUUUCGAGAGAUUUGGGAACAACAAUUUUACGAUGCAUUCUCAUCUUAACUCUAUAGCUCAUGGGAUCUUUCCUCUGGCGAGCCGGUCGUUUAAUCAUUCCUGUUCUCCAAACGCUGCUCCAAAAUACACCUUUUCCGCGCACCAACCAGUUAUUAUGGAGGUGGUCGCCCUGAAAGAUAUCCACCAAGGCGAGGAGAUCUGUAUCCCAUAUCUUGACCCGGCUUUGACGCAAACCAAACGUCAAAUCUUUCAGUUUACCUAUGGCUUUAAUUGCAACUGUCCGGCCUGCCUGUUUCUCAAUUCGAUCGGGCAUAUCCCAGAGACCCCGACAGACCCUGAUCAAUUAAAAGAUCUCUCUCGGAGGGUGGGGGAGUUCGUGAACGUUGAUUCCUAUCUCAAGUCCGACAAGUAUCAAAGCCCUUCGAUGUCGGAACUGCCGCAGGACCUGCAUCCUGUGCUGAACGAAGAUUUCAUGAAGUGGCUUUCGGAGACCUUCAGCAAGGCAUCGCACGAGGCAAACUUUGACUUGGCUGCCGAGAGCGGUAUUGCACUUUUGGCCCUGUAUUUGCUCGUAUAUCCGUGUAACUAUCCACAGAUCGGCAUGCAUUUGCUAGAGAUGGCGAAGACCCAUUGGAACUAUUCCUUUGUGAUCUCCCAACCGAGCAAGUCCAAAGAGACAGAAGCUAAAGCUGCGAUAUCUCGUCUGCUAGAGUUGGCGAAACGUGUCCUUGACGUACUGGGAAGAGAAGGGGACGAAGACGGACCCCUCGCAGAGAUAUCAGUUCUACAGAAUUUACUGCAAGACGUUCAGUGA